AUGCCACGAGAAACACGGCGAAAAUUGCAAAACGGAUGGACCGUUGCGCUAUUUGCAACUGAUCGAGAAGAUCUUUUCGAUGAGUUAUCCAGUACCUUAGGUUUGAUGGACAUAUUUGAAAGGCUAUCAAGUCUAGUGACGUGGAAGCGUGAGCAUGUGGAAAAUGUAAGAGGGGAGAAUGCAGGAGGAGGGAAGAACACGGAGAUCGGUGAGAAUGCCGGGGAAAGAGCAAAGAAGAUUGGACUCGAGGAGGUCUGCAUGAGGUGCUUGAGCGACGGUACGCUGGAGAGGAUCCAUGUCCCUUUUUUCAUAGGAGAUGCGGGGAUGACAUCGACUUGCUGA